GAGCUUCAUCACAUGAUGGUCCACAUUGAGCUCACUCGCUGCUGCUGCUCCUCGCCGCCGGGUAAGGAGCGGCCUGCGCAUGCGCUCAUCCUCUAAAGAUGGCAGCCCCCGUGGAUCUGGAGUUGAAGAAGGCUUUUGCUGAAUUGCAGUCCAAGGUACUUGAUACACAACAGAAGGUGAAACUUGCAGAUUUGCAGAUUGAGCAAUUAAAUAGGACCAAGAAACAUGCACAUUUAACAGAUGGAGAGAUAUCGACAAUGCCAGAAGAAGCACGCAUGUAUGAAGGUGUUGGUAGAAUGUAA